AUGUAAUUCCCAUUUAUAUGUUAGGUAUCUGGAUAUUUUGAAAUUGAAGUUACAAAAAAUGGUAAAAAACAAGUUGUUCAUUCAAAAAAAAAAGGUGAAGGCAUCUUUAACGAAAAAACAUGUCAGCCAAUUUUGAACAAAUUAAAGAAUUACGUUGAGGCUUGA